GUCCACGGCGUCCGGUCCGCGGCCUCGCGCUACUUGCUAAACAUAUUCGAUAUAUAUUAAUGCGCCGCUGCGAUGUUUGUUUCUCUUUUCGUGGCCGGAGAGCAGGAAGUGACCUGGUGCUGCGGCGAUGGUGCGAAUGACGGGAAAACUGCUGCUGCUGUUCUUUCUCACCACGGUGGCCCUUAACUGCGCCACUGUGGACGGCGAUUUCUGUGAGCCGCGUCUCCUGGACAUGGCCCAGAGCACCGUUGAUGAUCAGUACCUCUCGUGCACGGAGCGGAUGAUGGCUAACGUGACGGACCCGGGGACGGGGCUCUUGUGGGCGGAGCUGAAAGCCGACCCCUCCUUCCAGGCCAUGUGGGAGCAGAUGGAGCAGUGCGCCAACGGCACCGAGUCCCUCACGAAGCACCACGCCGUGGCGCUGGCGCUCAUCGCCGCCUGGAACCGCACCUUUCCGGACGCCUUCGACCGCGACGUCGAGGCCCUGGGUCCCAGCAGCGCCGUUUACAGGGACUACUUCCCCUCCAAGGCCCUGCACUUCCUGCUGACGGAUGCCGUGCGGCGGCUCAGGGUGCGAGAUGGCCGAUGUCGCACCGUUUAUGGGGUUAGCAAAGACCUGCUGGCAUUGGACAAGCCGGGGUCCGAGGUUCGACUAGGCCAGUUCUUCCACGCCUUCUCCAGCCCACGCGUGGAGUGGUUCGACCUGACCAUCAAGUCGUGCCACGCCGCCAUCCUCCCACAAUCCCCCUGUGCCACGAAGUGGUGGGACGUCCUGGUGCCGCCGUACGAGAAGUUCCGUGUGGUGGCGGUGAAGAAGUUGUGCCGAGGUCGUCACCUGUACCUGGAGUCCAGCGGGGUGCACAGCAACCUGGAGUGCGCCCUCUUCCCUGGGUGAAUGUGUGUGCGCGCGCGCGCGUGUGUGUGUGUGUGUGUGUGUGUGUGUGGUGUCUCCCCCUGUGCGUCUCUGUCCUCUGUCCCCAAGUGUCUCCUUCCAGUGACUGAAUGUACAAAAUCUCACACAGGUCUUUGGGGGAGACUGUGAGAUCCAUGUGGGCUGUAAUGCUGACGGUCGUCUGCUGCUGGGGUCUCUGUGCUGGAAGCUGAACACACAGUGAACCGCACACACACACACACACACACACACACACACACACACACCCUUUAACUGAAUGCCUAAUUCUUCAAAUACGGUGCAGAGAACUUCAGAGAAAAAUAAAUACUGAUAAGAAGCUGA